AUGUACUAUCGUAAGAUUUUCGCAAGUUUUGCACGUUACCAUCUUUUAGCAUUGAUGUACUUGCUACUCUUACAACCCGUACCACGUCUCCCGUGGGUCACGUCCAUCUGUCGGCUGAUCUGGCUCGCUUGGCUCACCAUACCCGGCCACACUAUUUUAUACUCACUGCUCACGGAUUCUUUCGAAAAGCUCGGCCACAUAGUCGGCAGUGUCUUGUUUACCUUUAAAAUGCUCACAAACUUUGUGACCUACGUAGAAUCCAUGUGUAAGGCAAAGCACUACCAGCAGUUGCGGCGUCUGGAAGAUGAAGUGGAUGCAAUGCUACGAAAUCAUAUUGACGUUACGGCGACAUUCGAGCGAAAGAGAUGGCUGAGAGUAUUCUACUGUACGCUCAUACAAAUCACAUAUGAUAUCUUACAGCUUGUUGUAAUCUUCAAGGACUACAUGUCGCCGGUAUUCUACUACUCGAUGCCAAUGCUGUUAAUCGAGCGCGCGCGUUAUGCACAAAUUACGUUCACGAUUGAGCGUCAAAAUGAGCGUUCACUCAGCUUGACUGCACUGCUGCGGGUGCUGGUAAAAGCUAAUCGUCCAAAAAAUAAAUACACAAGUGAUGUGUGGCAACCGUAUGCGUCGUGGGAAUACGAAAACCUGAACUCGGUACGUCUGCUGCAGGGACGCCUCUGUGAGUUGUAUCAAUGUGUGGGCACCUGUUAUGGUUGGUCCAUCAUUGUCUUGCUAUUUACCACAUUCUUCACGGCGGUAGCGAACAUUUUUUGGUGCAUUGAAAUCGUCAGUAGUGAUUUUCGGCUUGGACAAUUCAUGUACGACGCGCUGACCAUGUUGAGAUUAACUACUUUAGCGGUUGUCUUGUUAAUCACUGCCGACAAAGCGCGGCAACAUAAUAUACAAAUAAGCGGUCUCAUCUUCAAGUUGGCAAAACCUAUAGGCAAUAAAACGUACAACGACCUGGUCUCAAAUUUCUCACUGCAAUGUCUACAACAACGAUUGUUCAUAAAUGUAAAGGGAUUUUUCACUUUGAAUCUUCCGUUACUGGGUGAUAGCGUACGUGAAGAGACUGAGCUGGAAGAGGAUGAUUCCAACGAGAUCAGAAAGCGGAAUUUCGAUAUCGAGAAAGAACACUGCGUUGGCCUGAUAACAGUUUACACCAAGCCAGACGAACAUGGCGAUGCGUAG